UACUUCCCAACUAUGCCAGAGGACGUGUUGAUGGAAGCACGUCAGGCACUGGCAGAGCGUGAAGCACAGCCGCUCCACUGGUACCAGUGUUCUAAUGGACACCCUUACCCCAUCGGAGAGUGUGGUCAGCCCAUGGAACAAAGCCGCUGUCCUGACUGUGGGGCGGCCAUUGGAGGGGUUAACCACCGUCCUGCCCAGGGAGGGCGCAUGCAGGCUGCAAGAAACAAUGAUGCCACCAGACCUGGUCACAUCCUGGGCCCUGCAGCCAACAGGCCGGCUGUACCCAUCGCUGAGCGAGCCUUGUCUGUCGUGGCCACCUGUGUGGUCAGACUGGUCGUGCAUGCAGCCAUGGUCAAGGCUGCAACCAACAAUCAGGGUGUUGCGAAUGUGAUUGACCCCAGACCGCCCAAUCCCUCGCUGUUCCUGUGGCAGCACCUUGAACUUGACCUUCAGCAGCUGGGCCGUGCCCUUGGCAGGAGUGCAGACGAUGCCGCCUUGUUCAUGCACCUCAUACUGCACAACCUUCUCACACCGGGGGCACAAGCGGCUGCAGGUGACUGGUCCUCCAAGGCUAGCCGGAGGCAGUGGGAGGAAGCCUUCAUGGUCAGAUGUGUCAACCCCAUCCUACACCGAGGUCUCGACGCCAUGCUGCAGCAGGCUAACGCAGCCCUACACACCGACGACCGGCUCAGUAACAACCCGCUGCUGCAGCUGCUGUGUGAGGUGGUGACUCCCCGGGAGAGGCUGGACCUGGACAGGCUGGCGGACCUGCCGGAAAUGUGGAGACACCGGCCGCAGAUCAACCUGGAGAGUCUGACUCAAACCAUGGCGGAGAACCAGCUGCAGCUGCCUGUGCUGGAGAAGUUCCUUGCUGAGAAAGAGGUACUGGAGGCCAUGAGACACCUGCCAGACAUCCUCCGUCUACAGAAGCUGCUCAUCACCCAGUAUCAGGGACACAUUGAUGUAGCCGAGGCAAUGUCCAUCAAGGUCAGCGACUUCCUCUACAAACUGCCUGAAGGUGCUGUGUAUGAGGAGUUCCGCCAGCUGGUGGAAAGUUUCCGUAUCACCUGGAACCUGAUACGCCACCUGCUGGCCAGAACCACAUCUCAGGCAGUGCCAAGAGAACUGUGCCAAACGACCUUUGACCCCAUCAGGACCAGCCUGUACCAUCUCCUCCCCAUCAAGAGAACCGUUGUGCCGACCUCCUGCUCCACAGCACUGGUGCUGUUCCUGGCCAGCGCACACAACAGCUUUGUACAGGAGACACAGGGCCAUGCAGCUGCACAGAGUUCUAACACCAGUAGAUCUGUCCUGCUGAGUGAUGUGAACACGGCCCAUGUGGUGUGCUGUCACCCUGACCAGGACCUGCUGCCCCUGGUGCUGUCCCACUGCUGUUACUCGCUGGCGGUGGGGGAGGGCAGCAGGGUGGACUACGACCUCCCCGCGCUGGAGAGACAGCUGGUGGAACGCUUCGUCUCGGGAAAACCUCGCAUCAACGAUGAGUUUGAAACAUUUGUCUUCAGACAAGAGACCAAGAAUGUUGCGAUGUAUAAGAGCUUGAGAGACAAGAUUCCACAGGAGCCUCUAUCCAAAGCUGUCCAGAUGCACAUCCUCCAAGAGCUGGGGACUCUCACCAACGUUUGCUCCUCUCUGGCUGCUGUGGACAUUGCCUUGAUCUUCCUGGCAACUACUGGAGGAGACCCCAACACCCCUAUCAGGGAGUACUUACACCGGGUGCUUAAAAUGACUGCGACUGCAGGCUUACACAGCAUGAAGGCCAACCAGCACUGUCGUCUCAAACACAUCCUGUCUCUGUGGCAACUGUUGGCCGUGCAGCGAGCAAGAAUGUCCCUGGAAAAUGGUCAGGAUCCAUUUGAGGACAUGCCUCAGCAGUAUGGGGAGAAACUGGACAAGUCUGAAGCCAGGACGCUGAAGGAGGCCUUGAGACACGUCAAUGUUGACAGUCUGCUGGCUGAGCUGUAUGAACUCAUCGCUGUCGCAGAAGAACAAACCAGGCUUCCGGAGUGGAGCAUGAUGGCUACCCUGAGUGCUUACAUUGAUGACAAGAACGCUCCUGAAGUGGAAGGGCUGGACGAACACUUCCCACCGACCAUCCUGCUGAAGCAUGCCUACCACACGUGGAGGAUGGUGGCAACGUACAGGCCACACGAGGACCAAGAGACAUCAAGGAGAGACGCAAACAGACUGAGACACUGAGAGACCAAAUUUACUCCACAGAAACCAUACAUAUUAGAGUAUAUUGUCACUAAAGCUAUUGCUGGAUCCAUAGAACUGUAGUUGUUUGUUUAAUCUGUCCCAGAUUAUGAGUGACAAUUUGUUGCGCAGCGAUGUCACAUAUAUAACAUAAUACGAUAUAGAUGAUUUACAUGAAAUAUAUAGAAAUGAAUAUGUUUGCUUUGAAGGCCAGUACAUGUGCAUACUACAUGUAUUAACUAGAAGGAGAAAAAUGUUAGUUGGUUCAAAUAAGGAUACAUGUGCAUCCUUACAGACUGUGGAGAAGAUAGUAGUACAUGUAGUACAUGUACUGUUAGUUAUGCAGGUUAUGUUAAAGCCAGGUGUGCUACAUAAAAUUAUCAGGCCAGUUUGAGAGUAUAACUACAUGUACAUGUACUAGGUAAUGCUUACUUGUGGUUGACCUGAUUUUGGAGGGAGAUGUGUACAAUGUAUGUGUGUGACAUUUACAUGUUGAACAUUAGUAUGAAGUGGCCACAAGAACAAUUAC